UUAAAAUUACUUAAACUUGGCAGAUAACUGCCAUAAUUUAUUUAAAAUUAUUUUUUUAUUUUUUUACUAUAUUAGAAUUAGGUCAACCUAUAUUAAACUGUCUUAUAAUGAGACGGUCUUGGAGUAGUGUUUGUCAUACGCUCAUACCAUUUAAUAGUAGGCCCAUCAUUAUAAUUCUGUGUAACCAAUACGGACUAGAUUAGACGAAUGAGCUGGAAAUUCAUAUUAGUAUUUCUAUAUAAAACGACUCAACGAGACCCCCAACUUUUAGUCCCACAAGGAAGAAAAAACAUUCACGAUUCCCCUAAACCUAAUUUUCAAUCGAAAACUUCUCUCUUAAUCGCCUUUUCUUUCUCUUUUUCGCGUUGAUUCUUCUUUUCUUCUAUCAAUAUCAGGUAUCCUUUACCACUCUUUUCUCUUUCUGCAAUUGAUUUAAGAAAUUUUAGGGUUUUGUUCAUCUUUAUCAUGAUGCUUGAAAAUACUAAGAAUAUUUUAGGGUUUUGCUUUGGGUAUUUUCUGACAGUUGAGCAUUAUAGAAAAUUGUGGGCUGUUUCUUGAUUCUAAUUUGGAAACUUUUCCCUCAAUUAUGUUUCUGGAUGAUUUAUUCGUACUUCCUUGCAUGGCUACUAAACCGCUUACAACUGAGGCCAUUGCUCUCACCGAGAAAAAAAUGGACAUGAGUUUAGAUGAUAUUAUUAAGAUGUCUAAAACAAAUACCGGGAAAUCAAAGAAGCAGAGGGAAUCGAAUAGAAAUAGGAAACCUAGUAAUGCUAGACAAGAUAAAACUUUGAAGGUACGGCAAUAUAUGGAAUCAAGGUCGACUCUUAGACAGGGGGCUCUUGCUCAGAGAAGGUCCAACUUUCAGGGGAGAAGUUUCCCGUUGCCAUCUGAUGCUGCUCGAAAGGCAAUGGUUGCCCCCUUCCGCAAUGGUGGUUUUAACCACAACAGGUCUACUGAUUGGAGCAGACCAAGGCCUACUGGUCCACCAAGACGUCAGGGUAAUGCAUCAAUUAGACACAAUGCUUUUAAGACACAGCCACAGCAGCAACAGAGCCAACAACUGCAACAAAAACAGCGACACCAACCUUUCCAGAGGGAGGAAAUGAUCCCGAUCCAUAAACCAAAAACAUUGGAUUCACUGUUUGCUAACAUGAAGGAGCAGAGGAUGAGAGCCGUUACUCGCACAAACAACAGCAAUGCAGUACGGGGUACGAAUACUCAGCCAAGGCAACCUUGGUUAAGGGGUCGUUUUGGCAGCUACAGGAGUUAAGCGGAUGGUUAAUUCGAUGGACUGUGCUUGUUGCAACAUGCAAGUAUGAUAUAUUAGUUUUGUCGGAAAUGAAACAUGUUUUCUGGCCUUUGGAGGUCUUUAUUCCUAUCUCUAUAGGGCAGAUUUCACCUUUCAUAAACCAAGCUCGUUCAGUUGUCUCCUACAUAUAUCACCUUUGAUCUCAUUUGGAAAUCUGUUUGUACAGGCGUGGUUUAUGCUUUACUAAAACGGUUUAUCUGCAGUUAUAAAUGCCUUUUUCCUGAAGAUUAGGUCUUCCUGUUAUUGAUCAAGUGUAGAUUUUAUUGUUUCAAAAUAAAAUUUUGUAGUAUUUUUUCA